AUGGCCAGUAAUGGGGGGACUCUACACGGGGUUCCCCAGAGUGUCGCUCAGCAACAGCAGCAGCAACAGCAACAACAGCAGCAACAGCAACAGCAACACAUCUGCGGCCAGUGUGGGUUGUACUUCGAGAGUGCAUCGUCGCUGCAGGUGCAUCAUAUGCACUACCAUCAGCAUGACAGCAUGAGCCGUUGGGGUUCGCAACAGGCAGUGGUCAGUACAACGCUAGCAACAACUGCGGUUGCGACAACAACAACGGCGGCGGCCAUUACGACAAACGGUACUGUUCCCUCGUCAACAACGCCGACUUCCUCCGACACGGAGAACAACAACCAGCCCGGUUCGCACACACCCAAACCGAUCGCAUCUCCGCAACAUCAGCAACAGCAGCAGCAGCAGCCGCAACAACAACACCACUCGACGACGAUAGCGGCAGCCGCCGAUUCGAGCGAUAAUCAGCCGCCAACUCCGCAACCCACCAUCACGGAGCCUGGAACUCCGCAAAGUUACGGUGGCGGUGGAUCAUCACCCUACCACGUGCAACAGCAACAGCAGCAACAAGUGAACCAGCAGUUGGGGUUACCCACGGGGGUUACCUCAGGAGAGAUGCACUACCCAAGCUACAUCCAUCCGGGGUAUGAUCCGGGAAGCUAUUACGCCGGUGGUCCAGGUUCCGGUUUGGACUAUGGAGGUGUUCUUGGAGCACCUCUGCAACCGACGGACUACAAGUCCAGCUCGUCGGUAGUGUCCUCGGCUCGCUAUCAUCCCUAUGGUGGAGGAUCGGGCAGCAAUGGUGGCGGUGUUGCGGAUGGAUCCUCACCGGCUGUGGUCGUCAGUAGCAAUGGCGGUGGUUCGGCUGGGUUGAGUCCUCAGGUGGUAAGUUCCUCGAACGGUGUUACCGCAGCAGCAGGUGUUGGCGGUGGUUCGACGGCUCCUGUAACAACCGUCGCCAGCACUACCUCACAGGUGGCAUCGACUCAUUCACCUCAGAACAAUGGCACUGGCGGUGGUUCGAACAUUCCGCCAACUCCUUCACCAUCACCUAUCCAGUGCGAGAAGUGUGGACUCGUUUGUGAGUCAGAUGAGGCGUUGCACGAACACGAGAGUGCGGCUCAUUCUGCACAAGAUCAGCAGCAACGUGUUGAUCAGCAGGUUCAGCAAGAUCUUCAGGGUGGCAACACUGGACCGAACUGCUACGGUGGAUAUGGUGGUGGAACACCGGUGUAUCCGGGUGUGAAGGAGGAAGCACCAGCCUCAGACAUCCUGGAUCUUGACUCCCAGAAGAUGGUUGGGUAUGGAUCUGCGGCUGAUGGUGGUCUAUUGCCUCCAAUGAACUCACUGCAUCCGUUGCAGUCGAUGCAACGACAUCCGAUGAUGGCUUGGCCACAUCAUGAUCCUCACAAUUUUAUGGGACCUCCACCACUUCCCCCACCGCAUGGUGGUAAUGGGAGUGUUGUCGGGGGUGACAUGAAACAUUCAGCCGCUGCAGCCGCCGCUGCCGCAGCCGCCUACUACCAUCAUCCGAUCAAGUCGGAGUACUCCGCGACUCCUACGAUCAAGUCGGAGUAUCUCGGUGGUGGUGGUGGUGUUGGUGGUGGCAUUGGACUUGGUGCAGGUUUAGGCCACUAUGGAGGUGCUGGAGGACCGAUGGUGAAGAAUGAGUACAGUCUCGCACCUACCCUCCCACCACCGGCCGUUGCCCCUCAACCGACGAACGCCCAGUCGAUGAAACAGUACGCGGACGAAAUGCACGACAACCAGCUCGCGACGAGUCCGUCCGAUUUUCCAAGCACAACGACGCCACAGGAAAGUGGUUCACAGUACCGCACCUUCGAGCCGGCCACCUCCUCACUCCCCGGUCCGGCAGGACCCACAAAAGGUACGGCAUGGAAAUCGAACGAAGCACGGCGCCCAAAAACGUACAACUGUACGGCGUGCAACAAGUGGUUCACGAGUUCGGGACAUCUGAAGCGGCACUACAACACGACGCUGCACAAGAACGCGGUCAAAUCGAGUGGCCAACCCGACCCGGCAACCCUCCCGAUUAGUGUGCACCAUCAUCCGGGUCGUGACCCGAAUUAUGCGAGCAAAGGACGUCGUGGAACGGGCGCAGGUCCUGGCGGUUCUAACGGAGGUCCUGGCAGUUCGCAGCUGCAACAACCACUCCAGCAACCAGUACCACCACCUGACCCUCCCAGAAGCCCACAAGAGUAUGGUGGCGGACCGGGGGCGUACGGUGCGUCGGGGUUUGCGACGGCCGGAGCUUCACCCGGUCAGCAUGUUGUUCCGGGCGGCGGUCAAGUCGUCAGCUCGAAUCAAUCACCGGGGUUUCAUCACCCGUACGCCGGCAGCGUGGGCGGCAGCGCGAACGGCAGCAACAACAGCAGCAGCAGCAGCAACAACAACAGCAGCAGCAGCAACAACACCACCACCGCCAGCUCCACUUCUUCAGCGGUUCCCCCAAACGGGGUAGCAGGUCCCUCCGUCCAAGUCUCCCCACCGAGGGGCCUGCAGAUUUACUCGAACAGCAGCAACAGCCGCACGGCGGAGCCAACGGAGCAAGCCACCCAUACCAUUACCACCAUCCUCACGCCCACCACCCUGCCGCCCACCUACACGGCGGCCAUCCCGGGCACCAUCUGCAUCAGCACCCCCAUCCCCACCACGCCCACGGACACCCGCACGCGCCUCAUCACGGACCAUCGGCAGCCGCCGCUGCAGCAGCCGCCGCAGCAGCCGCUGCCGCCGCCGCACACCAUCAGUUCAAUGGAGCCCUACCACCACCACCACCCCAUCCAUCCCACGCAUCCGCCCACAAUGCACACCAUCUCCAGUCCUUUAACUAUCAGCACCAGCAUUCCAUCCUUCCAAACCAUCCUGCCGGAGGGGCCGAAUUAUCACCUUAUUAUUGGUAAUGUGGCCGCUGGUGGUCAGAUGGCGCCAAGCCCGCUCUAUGGCGGUCAGCAACAAUGGACGAUGGAUGGCGGUGAAGGUUUGAUCGAAUCGACAACUGGCGGUCGUGGCGGUCAGUUGGGGUUUCCUCGGUGUACGGGGGGCGCCGAGCUGUAUCAGGGGGAUACGGCGCCCCCCUUUUCACCUAACGUACCGGACCAGUACCAGCGGCCGAGUGGCGUCUCAACUGGAGCAACGGCGACGCUCAUGACGAUCCUGGACGAUCCUCAGCAGCAGCAGCAACAGCAGCAGCAAGGAAAAUACGGCGAGUACCACGCCGUACAUCCUUACCAGGAGCAGCAGUUGUACCGAGUGGCGACACCUCAGCUGGCGGCCACUGCACCCGCAAUUUCACCAGCACCUUGCUCCCCAAGUGUCACGUCCACGGACGUGGGGUUAGCUCGAGGUCGAAACCGGGGCAAUAGCGGUGGUGGGAACGGUGGCAGCGGCUCGGAUCAAUCCGCAGACAAACCCCCGGAGGUGCACCGAUGCAUCGAGUGUGACAAGGUGUUCAACAAGGUGUGCUAUCUGACGCAGCACAACAAGACGUUCCACUCGGGCGACAAACCGUACAAGUGUCAUCGAUGCGGUAAGCGUUUUCCAUGCAACCAAUCGUACGAGGAGCAUCUGGCCAAGCACGGGGGCGAGAAACCGUUCAAGUGCGAACAGUGCCCGAAACAGUUCAACCACAAGACGGACCUGCGGCGCCACAUGUGCCUGCACAGCGGCUCCAAGCCGUACGCGUGUGUGCAAUGUGGUAAGGGUUUUAUCCGCAAGGAUCACAUGAUCAAGCACUCGGAGACGCACCGGAAAAGCGCGGCGGCUGGCCACGAUCGUGGAGGGCAGAAGCGCGCAGGGCAGAAGGGUGGCUACCGGGCGAAGGCUGGUGUUGGUGUGAUGGAUGAAUGA